AUGAAAUCCUUCAUCACUCCUCUGUCGCUCAUUUCCCUCGGCCUCGCCAGCCUCGGCAGUGCCGCUACCAUUCCUACCAAGAGCCUGACUCGCCGCAGCACCGAAACCUGCGACCAGUGGGGUACUAUCGAGACCGGCAGCUACAUCAUCUACAACGACCUCUGGGGCCAGAGCUACGAUGAGUCCGGCACCCAGUGCACCACCGUUAAUUCCCUGAGCGGCAGCACCAUCUCCUGGUCCACCUCAUGGUCCUGGUCCGGUGCUUCCACCCAGGUCAAGAGCUUCGCCGACGUCUCUCUGACGUUCACUGCUAAGACCCUUAGCAGCAUUAGCAGCAUCGACUCAGUCUGGAAGUGGAGCUACUCCACCACCGAUAUCGUGGCCGAUGUCUCCUACGACAUGUUCCUGAGCUCCAGCGCUUCCGGCUCCGAGGAGUACGAGAUCAUGGUCUGGCUCGCUGCCCUGGGCGGUGCAGGCCCCAUCUCCUCCACCGGCUCUGCCAUCGCCACCACCACCAUCAACGGCGUGACCUUCAAGCUGUACAAGGGUCUCAACGGCUCCAUGACCGUGUACAGCUUCGUUGCCGAGUCAACCACCGAGAGCUUCUCCGGUGACAUGCUGAAGUUCUUCACCUACCUGAUUGACAACGAGGGCCUGAGCUCCAGCCUCUACCUGAUCGAUGUCCAGGCCGGUACCGAGCCAUUCACAGGCACUGCCGAUCUGACUGUCUCCGAGUACUCCGUCACUGUCGCUUAA